GGGCCUGGAGGGGACCAGAAGGCUGAUAUCCCAUCCCAUAGGGGAGCUGGUGUGGUGAAGCCAUUCUCCAUCAUGGCUGGUAUCCCGAGUGGUGACUGCUUGGUCUCUUUUUCCAUUUCCUCCCAUCUCCCACAGUGGAGAACAGGCAGCCGACUCUGGAUGUGCAGAUGGAGAACAAAGGCAGCGUUGUCUCUGGUGGAGAGCUGAUGAUUUUCCUGGACGAGCCUGCUGCUGAUCUUGGAAGCCUGCCUAAUGCCAGUUCUGUGACAGAGGAUGAGUGCUGCCCAUCUCCACAUGCAUGUGGCAGCUCAGUGCACAAGGUGGUGAGCAGCAGCAGGGAGAGGAGUGGGUCUGAGAGCACCCCUGGCACCCCUGAGCAAGAGUCUCAGUGCCAGCAGCCACCUUCUCUCCCAGGGCACACCAACAUGUGUCUGGAGUGUCCAGGCAGAACACAGGGAGUGGAGAGCAAAGUCCUAGAGCCAGGAGCCAGCACCGGCAGCAGGGCAAGAGCACGCAGGUUGCUGGCAUGGCCAACGGCACAGUGGGAAGAACAGCCGUCUUGA